UUCGGACCGAAUCGGACCGUCGCCUCUCGUUAAUCGGUGCUGAACGUCGUGAUCGUCUAACCGUUUUAACGGUUUGUGGGUGUUGGUUUCAAGGUGAAAGUGCAUAAUCCUUCCGGAACCAUGGACUCUUGCUUGGAUUACACGAGAAAGUGCCUCAGAGUGAGCAGAACAGGUUCAGCAGAGAGGAGUCAAAAGUAAACCGGAAGAGUGACUUGUGAAAACUUAACCGUUACGAAAGUAAACGUGGAUUGGCCUGGAAAGCAACCCGAGCACCGCACGAGGAUCCGAUUAUGAAGCUGGGACUAAUCGUAACCAUCGUGUUAUUGAUGACUCACCACGCGCACGCAAGGGCCGUUCGCCGAUCAUGUGGCAAAUAUCUAGCAGACCGGAUAUACGAUAUUUGCAAAGCCCGGGGUGGCUACAGCCAACUAAGUGCGGCUCCUAGCACCACGACCACCACCAGGGCACCUGAGCUGAGCCAUCGGCGCGUCAGACGGGGAGUGGUUGAGGAAUGUUGCCGUCAGAGCUGCACUGAUGCCACCUUAAUUCAGUAUUGCAUGGAAAGUGCAGUUGAAUCUGCCGAAAAUGCACAAUUUGAAGGAGGUUUGGACCCGAACAAAUCGGCGAUGCCGUCACCGACGGAGAGAUCUACAAACACGAUUUUCUCGACCAAGUUCCCGAUCCGGAACACCGUUCCGUUCGAGGUGGGCACCGUACGGCCAGAGUUCAACAACAUUAAUGCAAAAUAUGUCGUCAAUCGACGGAAACAGUACUACUAACUCACUGACCUCUGCUGGUGGAGGGUUACUAAAAGUGAUUGAAAAAAUACUUCAUUGAAUGAAGUGUGGCUGUGAUUAUCUUCUUAGUUUAGAAAAAAAUACAAUUUCUAGUCAUCAACGAAAGAAAAA